AUUUCUUCACUUCAUUGACAUCUCUCUCUUUUUCUCUCUUUCUCUCUCUCGUGGGAGAUGUGUGGACCCUACUUUACAUCCCAACCAGCGGCGCCAUUAGUCUUUACUUGGUUUAGAAGCUCACCCACCUCCCCUUAUUUCACCCUCUCUCUCUCUCUCUCUCUCUUCAUAAAAACACCCUCAUCCCAUUUAUUAUAAACAAAUCCAAACACCACGCCAUCACCUUCUUUGUCUUCUCUCUCUCUCUCUCUCAAACUCGUAGCCCAUCCUUCUCUGCUACAAGUGCAACUAUUUGUAGUUGGUUUUUUGCCUUAUUUUAUUGCAAACCCACAAACAUUCAACCAAUCAUAGAGCGGGGAGAAGAUAACGAACAAUAUAGAAAGAGGAAUAAAGAGAGGGAAAUUCCCAACAUGAAAGGUGAAUAUGUAGAACCAAAGAGUGAAGCUUCCAGCAUGUUCUCCAAGCUUCACCACCAACACCAACAACACCAGCACCAGCACCAGCACCAGCAGCACCCACAACAUCAGCACCAACAACAACAGCAACAGCAACAGCAACAGCAACAGCAACAACUCCACCACCCAUUUUCGCAUCCCUUCCACCAAGUCUCCUCCUCCGCCACGCAACGUGAAUGCCAGCAACAAACCUCCGAAGAUGACGACAGCGGCCGAAGCAGCGGUGGACCCACUAACACCACCCCACCGACGAGCCAGGCCCAGAAGCCCAGGCUCUCCUCCGACGGAGGAGACGGAGCCACCAUCGAGGUGGUGAGGCGGCCGAGGGGCCGCCCGCCGGGAUCCAAAAACAAGCCCAAGCCUCCGGUCUUCAUCACCCGUGACCCGGAGCCCGCCAUGAGCCCUUACGUUCUCGAGGUUCCCGGCGGAAACGACAUCGUCGAGGCCAUUUCCCGCUUCUGCCGCCGCAAGAACAUGGGCAUCUGCGUCCUCACCGGCUCCGGAACCGUCGCCAACGUCACCCUCCGCCAGCCCUCCCCCACUCCCGGCGCCACCGUCACCUUCCACGGCCGCUUCGACAUCCUCUCCAUCUCCGCCACCUUUCUCCCCGGCACCACGUCCUUCCCCGUCCCCAACGGCUUCUCAAUCUCCCUCGCAGGCCCCCAGGGCCAGAUCGUCGGUGGCCUCGUCGCAGGAUCCCUCAUCGCCGCCGGUCCCGUCUUCAUAAUCGCCGCGUCCUUCAACAACCCCUCCUACCACCGGAUUCCAUCCGAGGACGAUGUCCAUAACUCGGGCUCCGGAGGAGGCGACGGCGUUCACUCCCCGCCCGUAUCGGGUGGCGGAGAAAGCGUUCACGCGCCGGCCGAUUCAUGCGGGAUGUCCAUGUACAGCUGUCACCUGCCAACCGAUGUGAUUUGGGCCCCCACUCCAAGACAAGCACCGCCUCCACCACCACCUUACUGAUUCCUUUUUUUUUUUACUGUUAAUUACUUUCGAGAAUUUUAGGAGAUGUAUUUGUUUUUCUUUCGCUCAAUCUGUCCCCUUUCAUUAA